GUCAGUCUCUUGAAAUGCAUGCACUGCUGCAUGUCCUCUAAACCUUCAGUCUGGUCUGCUUCAGUUCACUACUGAGUAACUCAUAUCGUUAGUCUACCUUAUUUGGACUGAAUGUUUCAUUUUGCUGUCACAAUGGCUAUUAACUAAGCAGUCAGCAGCAGCAUGUACAGGAUGGGAGCAUCUUUGCAGGAGCUGAGAAUCUCUGUGUGAGAAGAUUCUUUGGGUGGGAAAGGAGGAAACGGGAAACUUGGGAUUUCAACACAAAGUUGGUGAUUAUAGCCAGCCAAGGCCUACUAUAGUACUGGACAGGAGGAUGACAGAGAGGAAACCAUGGAGAGACUCCUGCCCAAAUAUUUCCCUUUCUUUACUUUGUUGGCACUGAUAGGACUCAUAUUCCUGCUGUGGAAUAUCACCUCAUUGGAACACUGGACAUGUCAGACAGUAUCUACCUUCUAUCAGCUUCAAAACAGCAUACAGUCUGCCUUGAAGACCUCAGAAUUGUUGCUACCUGAGAAGUUCAACUAUUCUUAUUGUGUCCACCUUGGCCAAAAGCCCUCCACAGAGGAGACCAGAGAGGAGAGCAAUCUUCUCAAAUCCAUUGCCUGGCCAGAGCCACUGGUCUUAGGGUUGCCCUUGCGCCAAAGUAGUGAUCCUGCACAAAGCUAUUAUAUAAUCCAAAACUCUGGGGAGCUGCAGGUGGGUGGACAGCUCGUAGUGAAGGUACAGAUGCAAAACUUUAUUGGUCAGCCUAAAAAACACGGAGGAGACUUCCUAGUUGCACGGCUUCACACACCAGAACUGGGGGCAGGUGUGACAGGGCAGGUACAUGACCACAGAGAUGGAAACUACACAGUGUUUUUCCCACUGCUUUGGGCUGGUGUUGUACAGGUGGAACUGACCAUGGUUCACUCCAGUGAAGCGGUGAUGGUACUCAGGCGACUGAGAGAGGAGCAAUCGGACCGAGUCUUUUUCAAGAGCCUCUUCCGCUCAGGGUAUCUCACUGAGACCACUGUUUGUAAUCUGUGUCUGCCUGUUAAUCAGCAGCCGCUUUGCAAUUAUACAGACCCCCAGACCGGAGAACCUUGGUACUGUUAUAAGCCCAAAAUGUUGGGCUGUGACACACGAAUCAACCACUCAAAAGGGGGCUAUAAAAAACACCUGCUCACUGUGUACGAGUCACAGUUCUUCCAAAGCGGAAUAAAUAUCAAAAUACCAAUACAUGCUGCAGGGAUGGAGAAUGUGAUUGUUCAACCUGCUUCUAAAGAACAAACCAAAGAGAAAAACCUUGAAUACAUUCCCUCCGGGUAUUACUACCAAGGAUUGUGGAGGCCAUUGAGUGGUGUCACCAUGCGCCAGUUUAAUGACUCUUCAGCCAUUACCCAGUGUCUUAGAGGGAAGAUGGUGUACAUGUAUGGAGACUCCACUGUCCGACAGUUGUACGAAUAUCUCAUUGCUAAUGUUCCAGAAUUCAAGGAAUUCAAUUUUCAUAGCCUGAAGAAUGUUGGCCCACACAUGGCGGCAGACAGCAGCAACAACAUACUGUUAAGGUACCGCUGCCACGGGCCGCCGAUCCGGUUCACAUAUGUUUAUGCAGCUGAACUGCACUAUAUCUCCAAUGAGCUGGACGCCUUACGAGGGGGCUCAGACACAGUGGUUUUGAUUAGCAUCUGGUCACAUUUCAGCACUUUCCCAGUGCAGGUGUUCAUACGGCGCCUGCGGCACAUUCGCAGGGCAGUGAUUCGACUGUUGAACCGGGAACCAGCGACAUUGGUGCUGCUCCGCACAGCCAACCUCCAGAAACUGGAUCCGGAAACCAGCUUAUACAACAGCGAUUGGUUCUCUCAACAACUUGAUAUGGUGCUCAGAGCCAUGUUUAAAGGACUGAAUGUCCAGCUGGUGGAUGCCUGGGAGAUGACCCUUGCUCAUCACCAUCCUCAUCAGCUACACCCUCCACCUGCCAUCAUAUCAAACAUGAUUCACUUCAUCCUUUCCCACAUCUGUCCAGUUAGGAGAAAGAGAAGGCGGAGUUAGCUAAUGCAAAGCUAAACUUGGAAUAUUUGGAAGUGCUUGUGGGCAGAGCAGUGAUUUAUUAAGGGGAUAGUUUUGGAUGGUGAGACCAAAAGCUGCUCUUCACAUUUUCUCGUACCUCUGUGUUUGAGACCAGCCCUUGUUAUCUGUUAUCUAUCCAAUCAUUUUAAUAUGUGAGAAUUAGGGCUGGGCAAUAAAUGGAAUAUCCACAAUAUAUUCACCAUGAUUUUGCUGGCAAUACAAAAUUAAGCAAUAUCAUUAUGAUUUUAAUCCGCAUUUUAGUAGCCCAUUAACUUUCCUGAAGAACGUGUCAGUAGACUAGUAUCAUGAUCCCUCCUUGUCUUAUGACUUAUUUACUCAUCAUUUACUCACUGUGUGAUUUACUUUCUGUUAUAGAACAUAAAAGGAGAAAUUAAGCAGAAUAUUAGCCACAGUCACCAUUUACUUUUAGUGUAUGGAAAAAAGAUGCAAUGAAAGUGAAUGGUGACUGAGGAAAACUGCUUUACAAUUCCAUUUGUGUUCCACUGAAGAAAGAAAGUCAUACAGAUUUUGAAAGACAUGAGUGUGAUUAUAUGAUGACAGAAUUUGGGUGAACUAUCCCUAACUAAUAUAUAUAUAUCUUUUUUGUCAAGUAUAGAGGAAUGUUUUAAACUAAUAAUUUUUGCAAUAUUUUUCUGCACUAAUGGAUCUUUCAUUUACAAAAUCUCAUAUAUUUGACUCAGCAAAAUAAAAUUGCUCGUUAAGCAUCAAUUGUGUUAACUUGUGUGUAAAUGUCUUAUGAAAGUACAGGAUUUUGACUAAAAGGUUGUUUUCUUUUCUUGAAUGUUUCAUUUGUCUGUAUUAUCCAAGCACAUCAAAGUAAACCUAAAAUUAUGAGUAAUUACUUUUGAUAGUGAUUCAUGUUUUUUAGAAAACAGAUAAUAACCGAUCAUGCCUUUUGCUAAUUAAUCCAUUCUUUGCAAGAAUUUUGUUGAUUGAUGACAAUCCAUCAAGGUGAGUAAAUGAUGAGAGAAGUUUCAUUUUAUGUUGAACUAUCCCUAUUAAACUUAGUAUAUACGUUUUUUCUUUGGCUGCGUGGGAGAGUUCUCAACUGAAGCCUCGACAAGACAAAGCAUACAUUACUUUAUUUAACUACCAAACAUCAUUACAUGGUUGUGGCAGAAUAUAAUUGUUUCAGAACAAACUCAUUCCCUGAUUUGGUGGUUAGGUGUUAGGCAAAAGCAAAGAAAAAGCUUAGAGAAGAUUACUUGUUAUAUAUUUGAUAAACGUUGAGGCUGAAUGAUGAGCUGAUGCUUCACACCCUCUCAUCUCUUUAUCUUCUUGUGCUCAGUCCCACUUAUCUGAGAGUUUGCAGCACCUACUUAUCUCUUUUCCUAACAGAAAUACACUCUCUGAUUUAUGCAGACAUACACAUACAGUACACACAUUUUCUGGACCACAAGAUUAACACAGCUUUUCAUGUCAUAUGGCCUACAGAAUGAAUUAUAGAAUAAUUGUUAAUUUUCUGCUGGCGAAGUUGCAUCAGAACUGCCAUACUUAAAAUGUACAAAUGGUAUAAAAAUAUUUGGUAAUGUUACAUAUUUAAGAUAUGGAUUGUUUUUGUUAAAUCAGUUAUAAUUGUUGUUUAAAAAAUAGUGACAUGAAUCUAGUCAUUUGAGAAGUGAGUUGGUCAUGUGCUGGAUAAAUCAAGCUGCUUAGCUUCAGUUAAGUGUGUGAGCACAUGUGUAAUGUCAUGGUCAAUGUACUGACAGAUUAAAAAAAAAAAAAGAAGCUCAACUUGUAUUCACAAACAUCCAAUAUCAUGGCAGAUUCAUGAAAUGUAUUUUAAUAGCUUGGUCAUUUUUACCAUAUUAAAAGUGUUCUGCCUUUCUAAAGACAAGACGUCUCUUGUUCAGAGACAACACAAAAUCAACACAUUAAAUUAACAUUUUCAGAAAUUCAUUUUCCAUAAUGAAAGACAUUUAUCAAUUACAAAGGAAUAAUUGUUUCUGUAUUGGCAUCCAUUUUGCCCUACCCCUGGAUGGAAUAUCCAACAAUCCAAUAUAGUAACAUUUAAUCUUUUUGGGAUUGUCUGAUCCCUUCAAAAACAGUGGAAAAAUAAAACAACCCAAGAAACAAUUCUACGAGCAGCAGGUGAUAAAAAAAAAAAAAAAAAAUAAAAAAAAAGACUAAUAGUAUUAUGAAAGAUGAGACGACACACAUCCUUUCCACUCUCAAUUUGAGCUGUUGCCUUCAAGACGAUGCCUACUACUUCAUAUAAUGGUACCAGAUAGGCCAGUAAUUGCAGACACUUUUGAAAUAUGAGGUUGUAUUGAAUUGGAAGAAUUGGAUUGGAACAAUUCCAUCCUCUUUGGGGUGAGAUUGAAUACCACCUACUAUAGACACCUGGAUAAAUAAUCAGGUUUCACUCCAUAUUCUUCAUAUAUUGAUGUUACCUUUAGGAGCUUUUUCUACCUGAUGUUACCUGUAAUUGUCUACCUGAUCUAAUUUUGUUUGUGUAACCUAAUGUAGUCAGAUUCAGUCAUGUAAAAUAAAUAAAUGGAGAAUGUUUGAAGUUCAUCUUGUUUAUAAUCAGUAUAAUCAAUAAGUGUAUCAACUAAAACGAUUCAAUGUUAAAGGAAUAUUCCAGGUUCAAUACAAGUUAAGCUCAAUCAACAGCAUUUGUGGAAUAAUGUUGAUUACCACAAAAUAUAACUUCGACUCGUCUCUUCUUUUCUUAAAAAAAAAAAAAGAAAAGUAAAAAGAAGCAGUUACAACGAGGCACUUACAAUGGAAGUGAACGGGGCCAACUUUUUGGAAGGUCUAAAAGGUAAAAAUGUGAAGCUUAUAAAUUUAUAAAAGCACUUACAUGAAUUCUUCUUUUAAAACACAUGUAUUAUUUGAGCUGUAAAGUUGUUUAAAUCAUAGUUUUUACUGUCAUUACAUCGUCAUGGCAACGAAGUUUUACAAUUAUGGAAUGAAUUGUGUGCCAUUGGGAUUUGAACUUGAAUUUUAGGACUUGAAUUUAAACAUGUUUAUUUGAACAUGAAUUAAAUCAAACCUGAAAUUCAAAUGUAUGUGGCACGAAUUCAAAAAUUUAAAUUCAGAUUACAUUUUUUUUUAAUGUGUCUUGUUUCGAAGGCUGCGUAUUCCGUGUAUCAUUCGUUCAUUUCAUAUUCAAUUAGGAAUUCAAAUUCGAAAAAAAAAACGACUUAUUUCAUUAUUUGUUUACAAAACCAAUAUAAAAAAAAACAAAUAAUUAUUUAUUAUUUAUAAGGCUCUCGUUCAGCCAUGAUACCAUGUUGGCACUAUUUCACACCUUUCCUUUUCUAACUGUGAACUGCGAGCUACGUUGUGAUUGGUCAAGAGGGAGUUCGAUUACAUACAGGCUCAACUGCUCUUCCUGAGCACCCCGGAUGUCUUCGUCAAAUUUACCCGAAUCUGAAUAUAAAACCUGAAUCAGUGUAUUAAAAAUUUUUAUCUGAAUUCAUGCCACGUACAUUUGAAUUUAUCGUCUGAAUGUAAUUCAAGUUCAAGUGAACAUGUUCAAAUUCAAGUCCUAAAAUUCAAGUUCAAAUCCCAGUGGCACAUAUUUCAUUCCGUACAUUUGCAUGUGAAAAUUAUCAGUGGCAAAUUUACAGCAAGUUUGCCAUGAACUCUCAAUUUUCGUAAGGGUGUUGUUUGCUGAGCUGAGGCCCAUGCCUAUGGCAACAGUGCUAUCCAGAGGAGAGACUAUCAUAUCUUAAAGGGAAGCCAAUUGUUUAUUUGUUUAACCUUGGUGUACCCAUGGAGAGUGUAUACAAAACACAUUUACUUUUGGAGCUGAUUAAGUCCAGAAUCAACUUUAUGCUGCUUUAACAAAUUUUAGGUAAACUAUGCUUGCCUAGAGGAAGCCAAAUUAGCUCUUGUGGUUGUCAACAGUUUGACAGAAAACCAGAACAAAAUGUUGUAAUGGACAACUGUGGGGUUCCAUAACCACCACAACUCUUAGUCCAAAGUGUUCCAAAACUCAACAAUAUUUUUUUUUGUUUAAACAGUUUAUUUAAAAGUCACUGUCCCUUCAAAAUCUCCCUGAAUAUCCAAAAAUAGAAUUCAAUAGUUGUGCGUUACACAUAAGCAAAGCAUAUUGCUAAAUAAAGAGAAACCAUAAAAACAAUUCCACAUGCCGCAAUGAACACAGACAAAUAGCUUGCUUCUCAGGUGGUUAUCUUUCAAGCUAACAAUGUUCAGUACUUACUGCAACUUGACAACAAUACAUUAAAAAUCAGACAAACUUUGGCAUAACCUUUAUGUCCCAACAGGUAAAACUUUUGUUUAAAAAAAAAAAAAAAAGAAUAAUACAAU